CGCAUGCGCUGGGUUGGGCGGCGGGAGCGGUGCUGCCGGAGGCGGCGGCCGCGGGAGUCGGUGUUGGCGGCGGGAGAGCGCGGCGGCAGGUUUCAGUGUAUUGCUGCCUCUGUGCAGAUGGGCACUCCAGUGCUGCUCCUGUGAUGCUCAGUUACCCUGUUUGUGCCCUAUCUGAGCUGUUUUUCGAUUUCUGAUGUCCUGGAGUCCACACUGGUAUUAGUCUGUGUUCUCCAAGAGGGCACGAAGACGACGUUCCCCAGAUCUGGGCUCAGAGCUGCUGCACUCUGCGAGAUGACAGCCAUCCUGGAGCGGAUCAGCACGCUGUCCCUCAGCGGGCAGCACCUCAGCCGUCUGCCCAGGCUGAUGGAGGAUGGCUUCCCCAAGAUGCCUUGCACGGUCAAAGAGUGCGAGGUGCCGCAGCUCUUCCGUGAGCCAUACAUCCACACCGGGUACCGUCCCACUGGCCAGGACUGGCGGUACUACUUCCUUAGUCUCUUCCAGAAGCACAAUGAGGUGGUCAAUGUGUGGACCCAUCUCCUGGCAGCACUGGCUGUGCUGCUGAGGUUCAAGACAUUUGUGGAGGCUGAGCAGUUGCCUGUAGAUGCGUGGUCCUUGCCUUUGCUCAUCUUUGUCCUCUCCUCUGUCACUUACCUGACCUGCAGCCUCUUGGCCCACCUGCUGCAGUCCAAAUCAGAGCUGUACCACUACACCUUCUACUUCAUGGACUAUGUUGGAGUCAGCAUCUACCAGUAUGGUAGUGCCCUGGCUCAUUUCUACUACAGCUCCGAUCAAGCCUGGUAUGACAAGUUCUGGCUUUUCUUCCUGCCAGCAGCCGCUUUCUGUGGCUGGCUGUCUUGUGCUGGCUGCUGCUAUGCAAAGUACCGGUACCGACGGCCUUACCCCAUCAUGAGGAAGAUGUGCCAGGUGAUCCCAGCUGGGCUGGCAUUCAUCUUGGAUAUCAGUCCUGUUGCUCACCGGGUGUUUGUGUGUCACCUGGGGGGCUGUGAGGAAGAUGCUGCUUGGUACCACACGUACCAGAUACUGUUUUUCCUUAUCAGUGCUUAUUUCUUCUCCUGCCCUGUCCCUGAGAAGUACUUCCCUGGCUCCUGCGAUAUCAUUGGUCAUGCCCACCAGAUCUUUCACGCCUUCCUGGCCAUCUGCACCCUAUCACAGCUGGAGGCUAUUCUUUUGGAUUACAAGAACAGGCAGGAGAUUUUCCUGAAGAGACAUGGGCCUUUCUCUGUUUAUCUCUCCUGCAUUUCUUUUUUUGGCCUGGUGGCUUGCAGUGCCGUCACAGCUUACAUCCUGCGGUGCAGGAUCAAGGCUGUACUGGCUAGAAAGGAAUCCUGAGAGUCAUGAACAUGAUGGGCAUGACAUCACUGGGGGGUGAAAAUCAAGGAGCAUAACGUAUUAGGGACAUAACUGUCUUAUUUGCCUAACACACUGUGACUAACUGGGACACUGGACUUGGGUGGAAGGCUGGAGACUUCAUGCUACAUGCAUUUUCACAGCAGGGACUGCUUUUUGCCAUCCAGGGGGACAUGGAUGGGUUUAAAGCCAGAACAUUUAACCAAGGAUGCUGAAAUAGGCAGAGGUUUCUUGUUCAUUCUGGUAAACCUGUGGGCAAUAGGUUGCUGAAUGUCAGGGAGGACAGCCUGAAGGCUGUGAGACUGUAGAAGGGUCUGCCAGGUCUCACAACACAGCAGAGAAUGCACCAUGAGGACCACAGCUGGAUGUGAUGACCUCACUGGGUUUUGCCAUCUCUGCUAUCUGUUGGGGAUCUGUUACUAUCAAGGGCAGUAGCAAGGUUUCAGAAGACAUCUGCAUUUCUAUGGUUCAGUUGCAAGGGCAUGUGCGACACUGUGGCUGGUAUAAUCCUCUUCCUGCUCCAGCUGGGAUAAGCCAGGUUCUCUCUAUGGUCCCCUUGUCAGGUAUCUCAACACCAAGUUGCUGAGAAGGCUUUGGCAAAGCAUGUUUGGAGACUUAUCCCUGACCUGGGGUCCUCUAGAAUGAACUGCAACUCGAGCAUUAAGUCUGCAAGUGACUGGUGUAGAUGUUAGGUCAGCUCCAUCUUUUCUUUCUGUAUGACUGCACCAUCUUCAGUGGAGCUGCUCAUCCAAACCAAGGAGUCAGGCAAUCCCAAGAAUUACUAACAGGAGAUGGUGUCUUUCUCAGCAGUUUGAAUUUGACUUAAUGUGGUGCCAAUGCUGAUGACUCUUUCUUAGCCUACAAGAGAGGUCUUCAUAAGCUCCUCACUUCUCUUUUAAAUGCUUAGGUGCCUUGGAGGAGCUGGGCCUCGGUCAGGUUGGAGAUGGGUUUGAGCCUUCCUUGGUGGCAUUGGCAGAGGUUGAACCAUCAGUGUUCAGGGAGCUGGCCCCAGCAGAGGAGAUGCUUUUGAUGCUGGGUACAUCAUUUUGGCUGCUUGUGUGACAGGUUUAUUCAUUCCUGCAUAGAGUAUCAUCUGUCUAGGGAGUCUGACUGACCUCCAUGUCCAUGCAAUGUAGAGUAACUUGGGUGUGAGCUGUCCAUUGCAGGAAAGGAUCUGGCCCCUGAACCUCCAACAGCCCUGCUGCGGCCGUGGACAAAAGGGUAUGAAAGUGAAGUAAUCUUUAUCCACCUCUUAAUGGUGGUUUCAGGACACCAAGCAGUCCUUGGUGGGCCUUUUGGGAAAGCUGACAAUGAAGCACUAAGUGAAGAUAGAACAGCAAAAGGCAGGAGCAGGGUAUCAACAUUAGGGUUCUAUGGACUUUGGGAGGGGUUUGUCCUUGAGAUGUGGUGACUCCUGUGUGGAGUAGCAAAGAUAGUAGUCAGGGACACUUAAUGUCCGUGGGUCACUCCUGUCCAAAGUGUAGCAAGGGUUAAUUUUACUGUGUCCUCCACCAGAUGAGUCCCUUCUGUGCUUGUUUGAGGAGAAUAUCAGGUAUGGAGCCACACUGUUGCACCAAAGUUGGUAGCAUUUGCAGGACAGGAUGCUCAGAGCCAAUGCAGAGAUACGGUCCUAUGCAGUCUAGACACCUUACUGUUUGACCCACUGCUUGCUUUCCAUAGUAGGCCCUGGCACGGCUCCUCCCACUAUGCAAGACCUGCAGCCUCAAAUGCCUUGACAUCUGGCAAAUUCCCAGGAUAUAUAAAUCUUUGAUGCAUCUAAGGAAUCUAUGGGAUCUAUUCCAGCCACAUAUUUGUCUCACUGAAUCCCAAGGGCAGGCAAAUGAAUUGUGAUUGCUGGUUCUGAGCAGGCAGUGUAGGGUUGGGGGUAUGAUCUGUUGUGACAGGCACUGAUUUCUGCACUUGAUCUGUUUUUAACUAUUGAGAUAUGUGUGUGUGUGUUUAUGUGUGUGUGAUUUAUUAUCCAGAAAGGCUUUGCCUUUGGAUUUUAUAUUUGCAAAGCCGCCUAGCUGGGUCAAGAUUAGGCUGAAGGGAACAGUGCUAUGCUGCUGAAGGAACAAGGUGGGCCAGACAACAGUGUCUUUGAAAACAGAUUUCUUAAUAGGUGCUGUGCUGUGUCCUGUGUUUUGUGGACAAAUUUGAAAUUCAUGGCCCUGUUGACAAAUUAAUUACAAAGGGGGAGGGAAGUAAGUUUUGAGUAUGGGAGAAGAAAUCAUAGGAAAGCCUUGAGGAGGUCAUCUAGUCCACCCUUUUCCAUUACUCUAGGCCUCGUGGUUUAUAUCCAGUCCAGCUUAGAAAUUAAUGACUUCAUUUCACUUGUUGUAUUUUGCUAACAGCAGAUUUGCCUCAGGGGAGUGGCAAGUGGGGAUGGUCCCCACUUACACCUCACCAUAGCCCUUCCCAUGCACAGAAGCUCAUCUCAAUACAAAGUAAGCUGGUACUGGGAGCUGGACCAGCAGAAAACCAAUCCUAGUGAAAAAAAGCCAGUAAUGUUGUGCUGGUUUUAACUUUCAGCCAGCAAACUUGGAUGACACUGCUGCCUGCAGGGAAGGGCCUGUGCGGAGGCCAGAAGCAGCUGCUCCUUGCCCAGUAGCUGGUUGCUCAACUAGCUUAGCCACACUGAUGUACUGCUCUCUCCAUAGUCUCCAUGGCUUUGGUUGCGGGUCUCCUCCCAGUUUGGGGAAAGACUUGUGUGGGAGCAGUGUUUUUUUCUCACAGCCUAAUUUGCAUUGCUUUUGUGGUAGGUAAAGCAGAGUAAGCCACUGAGUGUGAACCUGGCUGGAUGGUAUCAGUGGGCUCCUGUGCAGGAAGGGUAGUAAACUACAGGGGUUCAGAGCUCCUUUCUGGGCUAAAAACCAAAAGGAGUUGCUGCUAAUAGCAAACCCUGCUCUGCUGCUACCUACAGUUAUACUGGUACUAAAGGAAGGCAUCACCCAGCCAUUUCCUUCUCUGAGGGUCUGAGAAUAGAUUACGUGUCCUACCUUUGUCAAAGAAGGGUGAGAACAGUAAUGCCAUCUAGUUCAGGGUCAGGGAAAGGAGGUUCCCACAUGGCUCUUCUGAGGUGUUUCUGGUCAUAUGCUUUCUCCUCCCUGGUCCAGCAGAAGUGAAACUUCUGGAGCAACUGUGUGACAGUGGUGGUGUUCUUACGUGUUCUUAUGUUACCCCUCAGGUGAAGCCACUCAUGUCCCGGUAUGGCCCUGCACUCAGACCUGGAGCUGACCUCCUGGUUACUAUGAUGGGUUGAUUUAGCAGGGAAACACAAUACAGAUGAUUGCUGCUGUGAGGAUGCACCCUUGUGUAACAAGGGGCUCACCAACACUGGAGCUUCCUUCAUCCCUAUCUCCAUCCUCCUCUUCCUCUGACCAGCUUAUUUCUUUCCCACAUCCCUGGACUUCAUCCUUGUGCCUUAUGCAUCUGGUUGCCUGGCUGAGCAGACUCCACAUGCCAUGGAGUCUACUGCACCUCAGCUGGGCCAGGACUGAAAAAUGGCUGCUGAUGCACUCCUGAAAAUCCUGCCAUUGAUCUAGGGGAGACCAAGGCUGGGUCUAGAGAGAGUAGAAGUGCUGCUGCAAUAAAUGCUCAGCUUGUCCAGGAGCCUCUCGGGGCUUUCUCCUGGAGCUUACUGCUUGGAGCACGCCCCCUUCCAUCCUGGCAUUCCUCUAAGGAGGCAUGGCUGGGAGGGAUGAACAAGUGGUGGGGUUUGAUGAUGAGCUGACCACCAAAAGUUGAGCACAUUGAAAUCCUGAAGGUCCUAAUCCUCUCCCCCAGGAACCUCUGUCCUGAGACAGUAUUUUUGCAGAUCCUGCAACCUGGAUCUAUAGAGGACAACUCCUGAGAAUUCAUCCCAAUGUGCCUUAAGCUAUUCCUUUUUGAGAUUCAUCCUGAAGGAACCUGAUGAGGUGCAAAGGCAGCCUUGUUGCUGUCUGCUUGUCCAUGGUUGCUCUUAGCAGCCAAUAUCCAGACAGGAUUUGCUUGGUGCCCUCCAGAGCAGAAGGGGAGGAUGGAGAGACGUGCCUUAACCUUGUAUUUAUGCCUAACAGUUUGUGUAAGAAGGCAAGGACGGGUUCCUCAUGUGCCUUGCAAUUUACAUCUUUUACUGACAUUAUUUUUAAACACUGUUACUAAAGAGAAGUACAAAAGAGUUUGUAUUUUUUCCCUGGGAAACAGGGAAGGGUACGAGUGUUACAUAUUAACCAUCCCCUUUCUAACUUCCAUCUGCUAACUUUGUAUUGUGUAAAACACUGACAACAUUUUAAGCUUUGUACUGUACUGAUUGUUAUUUAAAAAUCUUAGUGGAAAAAAAAGAACCAUCUAUAAAAGCAAAA